AUGGCUUCAAGUACUACUAGAUUUUCAUUGUGUGAUAUAGAUUUAAAUGUAGAAUUUAUUCUUUUGCCAGAUUUAAAUAUUGGUAUAGAAAAUAUUGUAGAUAACGAAUUAAAUAAUGAAGAGAAUAUUGAAGAUACAUCAAAUAGUGAAGAAAAUAUUGAAGGUAUACUAAAUAUGGAAGAAAAUAUUGAAGAUGCAUCAUACAGUGAAGAAAAUAUUGAAGGCGUACUAAAUAUGGAAGAAAAUAUUGAAGAUGCUUUAAAUAUUGAAGAAAAUUUUGAAGGUAUACCAAAUGGAGAAGAAAAUAUUGAAGAUGAACUAAAUAGUGAAAGAAAAAAAUUAAAAAUUUUAAGCAAUGAAGAACGCACAGCUAUUUAUCACCAGUUACUACAAAAAAGUGUUGAUGGAAAAUUACAUAGAGGAAUUACAAAUUUGGUGGCUUCAUCAUUUUGUGUUUCUAGGAGAACUAUUCAACGUAUUUGGAAAAGAGCAAAAGAAAAGUGA